AUGGCGGAGUCUGCGGCGCUGGUGUGGAUUCGCGGCCCCGGCUCCGGGUGCAAGGCGGUGCGCUGUGCCUCGGCUCGGUGCUCCGUAUGGGAUUUUAUCCACCGUUACUGCCAAGAUCAGGAUGUGCCGGUGGAAUACUUCUUUGUGAAAUGCAACGGAGCCCUCGUUAGCACCAGUGACGCCGUGCAGCAUGGAGCCAUUUAUAGCCUGGAGCCCAGGCUCCGUGGUGGAAAAGGAGGUUUUGGGUCCAUGCUCCGAGCGCUUGGUGCUCAGAUUGAGAAGACAACCAAUCGAGAGGCUUGCCGGGAUCUCAGUGGCAGGAGACUGCGAGAUGUCAAUCAUGAAAAAGCAAUGGCCGAGUGGGUAAAACAACAGGCCGAGCGCGAGGCUGAAAAGGAGCAGAAGCGCCUGGAGCGCCUGCAGCGGAAGCUCGCAGAACCCAAGCACUGCUUCUCCAGCCCCGACUACCAGCAGCAGUGCCAUGAGAUGGCCGAGCGUCUGGAGGAUUCCGUCCUCAAAGGUAUGCAGGCUGCCUCCAGCAAGAUGGUAUCAGCAGAAGUCAGUGAGAAUAGGAAACGGCCUAAUAAAUCAAAGACGAGCAGAGGAGCCAGCGCCGAAAAAAGAAAAUGCUUUUGGUUGGGCAUGGACGGACUACCAAGUGCAGAGGGUUCCAGUUCUGAGAGCUCAGACGAUGACAGUGACCAAGCACCUAGUACUUCUGGAGCAUGCUGUCAGUCUCCCAAAAAUGGCAGUGAUGGUGUUGAGAUGGCAGCCGAAUAUCCCAGUGGUUGUCAUAGACCUCAAGUAUUGAGUGCAGACUCUGGAUCACCAGAAGAACUACAGAAGGACCUGGUGAUUGGCUCUGGUAAAGAUACACGUGAAGACUGGCAUGCUAAGCUAGAAGAGACCUGGGCCGAGGAGCAGACAGUAAGGAAGAUGGCCAUAGAAACCCAGGAGACCCAGGACGACAAGGAGGCAGAGAGUAAAGAAGCCAGAGAAAAGGAAGCAGCUGGGGCUGGACUGAACGGAGAAGACGAGACAAAAGAAAUGACUGAUGGGGAAAGAGCUGCCAAGGUAGCACCUGAACAAAACGGGGAAAACACCCCCGCUGCCAAGCUGGAGGAGAGCCAGUCAGGAAACACAGGUAUUGGUCAGGGAACUAUAGAUUUACUAGCCUUCAGCUCUGUUGCGCAAUUGGAGUUGCUGGGUUUGGAUCAACUCAAGUCCGAACUGAUGGCCCUGGGACUGAAAUGUGGGGGCACUCUGCAGGAACGAGCAGCACGGCUCUUCUCUGUCAGGGGACUGUCGAGGGAGCAGAUAGACCCAGGUUUAUUUGCCAAACCUUUGAAAGGGAAGAAGAAAUGAAUUUCAUAGAAUUGAUUUCCUAUUUCUUCAUACUGUCUGGCACUUACAACCUGCAUAAUAUUGACUCUCGGCCAUUAUUCCUGUUGAUAUUAAAAGCUAACUUUUUAAUAACUCAAUUUUAACUGUCCUUUUUCAUUAUUACAUUUAUAGAGUUAAUUUAUGAAAUCAUCUGAGUCUGAAGUUUUCUGUGUGGGAAAGUUUUUGAUAACAUUGAAUUUCUCUAAUAAUUUAUAAUUAUAAUUUUGGUUUCCUCUUGUGUCAUUAAGUAAGUUGUAUUUUCAAGAAAUUGAUCCGUUUCAUUUAAGUUGUCAAAUUUAUGAACAUAAAGUUAUUCCCAGUAGUCCCUUAUCCUUUUAAUGUCUGUAGGGUCUGUAGUGAUAAACUCCUUUACACUCUGACACAGAUCAUUGCUGUUCUCUUUCUUUCCUAAUCAGUCCAGCUAGGGGUUUAUCAGUUUUUUUGAUCUGUUGAAAGAAUCAGCUUUUUUGGUUUUGUUAAUUUUUUCAAUUGUUUAUUUUUUGUUUCAUUAGUUGCUUUUAUCAUCUUAGUUUGUGUCUACUUUCUUCUUUUUCUUUAGUUUAAGGUAGAAUCUUAGGUCAUUGAUUUCAGACCUUUUUUUUUCCCUAAUAUAUAAAUAUUUAUAAGCUAUAAGCUUCCCGUUAAGCACGGCUUUAGCUGCAUCUUAAAACAUUUUACUAUGUUGAAUUUUUCAUUAUUCAGUUGUAAAUAUUUCCUAAUUUCCUUUGUGAAUUAUUUGACCCAUAGGUUAUCUAGGGGUAUGUUGUCAAAUUUACACAUUUUUUGUUUUGUUUUUUCGUAAGUUUCUUGUUAAUGGUUUCUACUUUAAUUCCAUUGAGGUCAGAAAUUCUCUUGAUGAUUUCAGUCCUUUUAAUUUUAUUGAGACUUGUUUUAUGGCCCAGUAUAUGAUAUAUCUUGACGAAUGAACCACGUACACUUGGAAGGAGUAUAUAUGCUGAGUCCUUGGGAGAAUGUGUUUAAUGUCAGUUAGGGCAGGUGGUUGAUAGUGUUGUUCAGGUCUUCUCUUCACUAAGCUUUUUGUUUAUUUCUGUCAGAUGCUGAGAGAGGGGUAUUAAAAUCUUCAGUUAUGAUCAUGGAAUCGUCCACUUCUCUAAUUCUCUCAGUUUUUGCUUCAUGUUUUUAAGCUCUGUUAUUAGGUUAUAUUAUGUCCUCGUAAUGACUUGACCUUUUUAUUAUGAAAUGUCCCUCUUUAUCUGUGAUAAUACUUUUUAGCUCAAAGCCUACUUUUUGUUAUACUAAUAUAGCCACUCUAGCCUUCUUGUGCUUACUGUUUCCAUAGUAUACUUUUUUCUGUUCAUUUGCUUUCUACUUACGUGACUUUAUAUUUGAAGUGAGUCUCUUGUAAACAGCAUAUACGUGGGUCUUGUAUUUUUAUCUUUCCUGACAAUCUCUACCUUUUAAUUAAUAUUUCAUCUAUUAACAUUAAAUGUAAUUAUGGAGACAGCUUUAGAUCUACCCCUUUACUGCUUUUCUGUUUGGAUUAGUUAAUUAUUUUAGAAUUGCAUCUUAAUUUAUCAGCUUUUUAGUUCUUUGCCUAAUUUUUUAGUGAGUAUUCUCGGGAUUACAAUAUACAUUCUUAAUUUUUCAGUCUGCCUAGAGUUAAUGUUGUGCCACUUCACAUAAAAUGUAGAAAUCUUGCAACUGUAUACCCUAUUUUUAUGGAAAUAACCACUCCCUCCCAUGAGGUAUUUUCGUUAGCAUCACCAUACCAAUUUUUUUUUACAUGUUGCUGUUUAAAAAAAUUAGCAUAGCGUGCUUGCAAACAUACCUCAAGGUGGGAGGGAGCAAUUGGCAAACAGACUUAGAAGGUAUGUGUUAGUUGCAUAAAAAUAUGGUAGGUCCAUUUACCAUCCUGUCUUUUAUGCUCUGUUGGUCAUGUAUAUUAAAUCUGUAUAUGUUAUAAGCCCCAUAAUAGGUUAUGAUUUUUACUUUGACUUAUAAACAUAUGUAUUUUAAAGAAAUUAAGAGGGAAAAAUAAAUCUGUUACGGGUUGAAUUGUGUCCUCCGUAAAUAUGUGUUACACAUCCUAACUCCUGGACCUGUGGUUAUAAUCCCAUCUGGGAAUGGGUUUCUGUGUUAAGUUAAUGAGGCAGUAUCAGUUAGGGUGAGUCUGAAGUCAAUCUAUUGGGAGAUAUAGAAGAAAUUAAGCAAGGGAGGAAGCAGAGAUGGGAGAAGAUAGGUGCCAUGCCACAUGAAGAUCACCAAGGAACAAGGACCUGGCGACAGGGAGAGAAAGCCUUCCCCUAGAGCCGGUCCCCUGAAUUUGGACUUUGCCUUCUAAACUGAGAAAAUAAAUUUCUGUUUGUUAAAGCCACCCACUUGUGGUAUUUUUGUUAUAGCAGCACUAGAUAACUAUGACAAAAUCUUCUAUAUUUACCUACAAAUUUACCGUUUCUGACGCUCUUCAUUCCUUCAUGAAGAUCUGAGUUUCUAUCUGAUAACGUUUCCAUUCAGCCCGAGCUUCCCUUAGCAUUUUUUAUAGCACAGUUUUGCUCAUGACAAAUUCUUUUUCUUUUCAUCACUUUCAAGAUCUUGUUUCACUGUCUUCUGGCCUCCAUUGUCUCUGAUGACAAGUCAGUGGUAAUUCAAAUUUUUGUUCCCUUUGUAGAACAUGUCUUUUUUCUUUGGCUGUUUUCAGGUGUGCUUAGGUACGUUUUUCUGUGUCUUAGUCCUGCGUGAGGUUUGCUGAGCUUCUUUGAUCUCUAAAUUUAUGCCAUGAAUCAAAUUUUGGGAAAUUUCAGCCAUUAUUUCUUUAGAUAUUUAUCCUACCCAGUUUUUUCUCUCCUGUCCUUUUGGUACUUCAGUUACAAAUAGCUAAGCCUUUGUAUAAUCCCUUAAGUCCUUUUUUUUUUUUUUGCCUGGCAUGGUGUUCUGUAAAAGGUGGGAUCUUGCCGGGUGCUGUUCCUUCUUCCAAAUGUCAACUCCCUCCAGUAUCCUGACUGCUUCUGAUAGCUCUCCAGUGUAUUCAGUUAGUUGUUUUUUUAUAUUUUUUCAAGGGCUUAUAGUUAACUGCAGGAAGGUUGGUCCAAAAAUAGCUGCUCAGCCAUACCAAAAGCAGAACCUCUAUUAUUGUAUUUAAAAUAUGUAUAUGAGUAUAAUGAGUUAGAAGAAAUGCAUAUAUUUUGAACUGUGAAAAGAUAGUUUUAACUUGGUGAAAUUGUUCAUUCACACAUUUACAUACGUGCACAUACACACAUAUAGAUACACAUGUACAGUCACACUAACACUAGUUAAAGGGUUCUUAACGCCUCAGUAGGGUGGUCUAUAAAACUACAAAUGAAAUUACAUGCACAAUUUUGUGUGUAAGUGCUCUUAUCCUGGGGCGAGUGAAGCGUUUUAGUGCAGUGGCCAACAACUCAAAUUCUGGGGAGUGAACUUGUUCACAUCCAGCUCAUAUCACUUCACUAGCUACGUGACUCUGGACAAAUUAUUUAACCUCUCUUGGAAUCAGUCUAUUCAGCUGUACAAAGAAUAAUGGGAAAAAUGGUAGAGUCACUGGGAGAUUACCUGAAGUAUGAAUGUAGAGUACAAAGCAGACGUUCAUUUAGCUAUUGUUUUUAUAAUCUGAUUUUCAAAAAGUAUUCCUGCAAGAAAGAGAGCCUCUGGCACAAUUCCCUUCCUGGUAUUCGGGCUUCUCUGUUUGUGUAGAAGAACCAUUAUAACAGAAAACAGCUGUGUGAUGAAAUGUGUUGGGCAAAACUGGACAGUAAAUAACUGUUUAAGAAACCAAAAUCCUGUUCAAAGAGAUCACAGGUGGCAAGGAUGGUUGCACAACCUGGAAAAUCUAAUCAGUGUCACUGAAUUAUACGUUUAGAAAUUCUCGAAUUGGUAUAUGUUUUGUCAUGUAUGUUUUUACCAUAAUAAAAAGAAAAAGUGAUCACAGGACUUUGAGUAAUUUUAAAUUUUCUCAGAAGCACAUUGAAAAAUACAAAGUAACAGGCAGAGUUAAUUUUAACAUGUUUUAUUUAGCCCAAUAUGUAUAAAAUACCAUUUCAACCUGUAAUCAGUAUUAGAACAUGAUUAAUGGGAUGGUUUACAUUCCUUUUUUGCUACUAAGUCUCUGGAAUCGUGUGUAUUUUGUACUCACCACACUUCUCAGUCUGGACAGGGCACAUCGUAGGUGCCCAGGAGCCCCCCGUGGCUGUGGUUACUUACUGUACUGGAUAGCACAGCUCCAGAACACAGCAAAAGGACCCGUCUUCGCCCAACCCGUGUGUAUAGGUCUGGGUCAAAGCUGAACCAGGUGAGGGAACUUGGAGCUUUCAGCAUGCUCCUUGCCCC